GCAAUACGAUGAACGAAAAUAUAUAUGUAUACGAAUGAUUUUCUAUACUCCCAGAGAAUAUACACUCAUCAUACACUGACAGCUGACAGAAAGUUUAUUGAACCGCAUACACAAUCUGUGAAUUAUAUCUUUAACGUGAAUUUUGCAAUAAUGACAGUACUUUAUGAUUAGACAUACAAGAUUUCGUUUGCAGAAUUAAAUACGAUUAAAAAUAUGAAUUUGAUGGCUAUAAAAAUGUUGAGAAAUUCGAGAAUUGCAAGAUAUACGCUCGACAAUCGGGCGCACGUGUCUCUGUUUGGUAAUGCGAAUAUGCAAGUAAGAUGUAAAAGUCAAAAAAUAAUGCGCUCAAAUAAAGCUAUCGAAAUAAAUAGAUAUCAACGACCGGAAGAAUCUAUUGGGGUGUAUGGAUAUUGCUUGUUGAGUAUACCUAUUGCUACUUUCGCACUUGGCACAUGGCAAAUUAAGAGAUGGCGAUGGAAGUUGGAUUUAAUAAAAAAUCUGAAGUAUCGUACUUCUACAGAACCAAUUGAUUUGCCAUCUGAUUUAGAUGAACUGAAGCAUAAGGAAUAUUAUCCUGUGAAGGUAAAGGGAAAAUUUUUGUAUGAAAAGGAAUUUUUGAUGGGGCCUAGAAGUCUCAUUCUAGGUGGAGAAGCUGUGAGUGAAAAAAGUGGUGGAAUAUUUUCACGCAAGCCGGGUACAGGAUAUUAUGUAAUCACACCUUUUAAAUUGGAAGAUCGAGAUUUGACUAUUAUGGUGAAUCGUGGAUGGAUACCUAAAAGUGAUCGUACAUUAUUUAAAAUGGAAAAGAAGAUUACAGAUUCUAUAGAAAUCGUCGGCAUUAUUAGAGCAACUGAAAAACGACCUACAUUUGUACCUGACAAUGCUCCUGCAAAAGGGGUAUGGCAUUACAGAGAUUUAAAUGCAAUGGCAAAGAUAGCAGAAGCAGAACCUGUAUAUAUAGAAUUAUUACCUGGAUAUAGCACCCCACAAGGUCCAAUUGGUGGCCAAACAAGAGUAACUUUAAGAAACGAACAUUUAAGUUAUAUAAUCACUUGGUAUGGAUUGUCUGCAAGCACAGGCUACAUGUGGUUUCGAUAUUUUGUGCAGAAAUUACCUCUCCUUUAGUCAUUAGCAUUUCUUAGAAAGAGAAAUAGAAAUUUAUCUGAAACAUAUGUAAAAAUGUAUGAGAAAAGUUUAGCUACUUUUUAUUUAAUUACGAUUAUAUACCCUACAUUAUCCAUGUAAAAUCUUUUUAUAUUUUUAUGAAAAAGAUCCGAAAAAAGAAGAUAAAGCAAUGUUAUCUUCUGUAAUUAUAAAUUUAUUUAUAGAAUUCGUUAUUCCGUAAACAUAAUAACUGUAAGUGUAUUCUCCAUUUCUCUCAGAAAUAUCUUCUAUUGUUCUGCUAAAGAAAUAUGGAUUUUUUUAUCUUUUAUUAAUCAUUAUAAUAACAAUGACAGUGAUUAUUAUUAUUUAUAAAAUUGUCAAGGAUAGUCAUCAUGUACAAUAUUUCCUGAUAAAAUCAGCAUAAAAGACAUUUUUAUAUAAAAUAUGAAAAUAUACAAUAACAAGUUACAUCUUGAUCAUAUAUUCGUAUAUACUAAUGACAAUAAUAAAAAAAAAUUAUUUAGAAAAGCAAGUAUCAAGGAGGAUUAUCAGAUUGUAAUAAAAAUAAUAAAAUAUUUCUCUCAUUAACAGAUGAUAAUUAUUCUCUCUUAUGUUGUGUUAAUAAAUUUCAUUAUCAUGUACUUAUUUUUUUUUAAUAUCUUAUUUAUAAUAGACAAUUUACAUAUUUUGUUUAUAAUAUUUAAAUAUUAAAAAUAAAUUAUUUUCAUAUCUAAAACUAUUUAGUGUAAAAAUCUAUAUAAUCAUAUUUCACCAACUUUUUUAAAUGGAAUUUUUAAACAAUCUUUCGUUUCACUGAUAUUUCAUUGAAUCAUGAAAAGCUUGGUAGAAAAGAUAAUAAAUAAAAAAAAGAUUAUGGAGCAAAAUCUCGAUUAUGAAGCAAAAUAUUCGUAUUAUUUUUAAAUUUAAAC